CUCUCCCACGAGAAACAUCUCCCUUUGCCCGCUUCCCCCAUUCCGCCACCUUCCUUCGAAGUCCUCUCAAUCAACAAGAAGGACGGCGAAGAUGACUAUGGAUGGAGUGGAAACGGGCACAGUCACGUCUCAGCGAUCUGGCCGAAAUAAUAGGCUUUAUGCCACUGCUUGUGCAGUCUUGGCCUCCAUGUCCUCCAUCGUUCUCGGCUACGAUAUCGGUGUGGUGAGCGGAGCUUCCAUCUUCAUAAAAGAUGAUCUGAAGCUCUCGGACGUGCAGCUCGAAAUCUUUAUGGGAAUCCUCAACAUAUACUCUAUCGUGGGUUCUGGAUUGGCCGGAAGGACGUCCGAUUGGAUCGGGAGAAGGUACACCAUCGUCUUGGCCGGAUCCUUCUUCUUCGCGGGUGCCCUUCUCAUGGGAUUUUCCACCAACUAUCCCUUCAUCAUGGUUGGCCGCUUCGUUGCCGGUGUUGGCGUCGGUUAUGCCAUGAUGAUCGCCCCCGUCUACACAACAGAAGUGGCCCCACCCGCUUUCCGUGGCUUCCUCAGCUCUUUUGUGCAGAUAUUCAUCAACAUUGGUAUCCUACUCGGAUACGUCUCGAACUACUUCUUUGCAAAGCUUCCGGAGCAUUUGGGAUGGAGGUUCAUGUUGGGGAUUGGAGCCGUGCCCGCUGUGUUUUUGGCCAUCGGGGUGUUGGCAAUGCCCGAGUCUCCAAGGUGGCUGGUGAUGCAGGGCCGUCUUGGUGACGCCAUGAAUGUCCUCGAGAAGACCUCCGACACAAAAGAAGAAGCCAUCUCGAGAUUGGAUGAUAUAAAAAAGGCUGUCGGGAUCCCAGCAGAGACGAAGGGAGAUGUCAUAGAGGUUCCGAACAAGAAGAGACACGGAGAAGGAGUGUGGAGGGACCUCCUCCUCAAGCCCACACCGGCUGUUCGCCACAUCGUUAUCGCCUGCCUCGGCCUCUUCUUCCAGCAAACCUCAGGGAUCGACGCCGUGGUUCUCUACUCUCCGACCAUUUUCUCGAAAGCCGGCAUUAGAUCCAAGAACGACCAACUCCUUGCAACCGUGGCCGUAGGACUCGUCAAGACGCUAUUCAUCGUGGUCGGGACAUGCUUGGUCGACCGGUUCGGUCGUCGUGCCUUGCUUCUCAGCAGCAUGGGAGGAAUGUUCCUGUCCUUAGUGGCACUCGGAUCGAGCCUCACAGUCAUCAACAGAAACCCGGGCAUGGAGAUCGGGUGGGCAAUCAAGUUGAGCGUGACAACAGUGAUGACAUUCGUGGCGACGUUCUCGCUCGGGGCAGGGCCAGUGACGUGGGUUUACUGUUCGGAGAUAUUUCCGGUGAGGUUGAGGGCUCAGGGGGCUGGACUCGGAGUGAUGUUGAACAGACUCAUGAGCGGUACCAUCGGCAUGACCUUCCUCUCUCUCUCUCACGCCCUCACCAUCGGAGGCGCCUUCCUUCUCUUCGCGGCGGUUGCAGCCGUGGCUUGGCUCUUCUUCUUCAUUGUAUUGCCGGAGACCAGAGGGAAGCCAUUGGAGGAGGUGGAGAAGCUCUUCGGCAGUUACACCGCCAAAAAGAAAUCGGACGACGCACGGUGAUGGAGUGGCGGUGCCACUCCGGACCUAUAUACAAGGUGUGCGUGUUUAUGGCGAAAAGGGAUUCGAUGUACAAACCAAUGAAACCAUACCAACUCUAUAACAUCCUCGAACACAGCUUCGACAAAAUCAUACUUUUGGUUACAAAUUGUAUAAUAUAUUGAUCAUCGAACCAAUAGAAAAUAGAAUCGCAACCUUUGUAUUCACUUAGUUCCCAAUGAGUCGACGCCUUCGAUAUCCACUUAUACAAUGUCUCAUCUGCAUAAACAUGGACGACAAACAAAUGUGUUUUGCCUUGCA